AUGGCACCAAAUCCACUUGCCAAUUGGGAGAAGAUUGGCAACAGCUUUUAUCGCAAGAUUGCCAUCUACGACGCCAUAUUUGAAGAUGAUGUGGAGUUAGAAAACUACAUUGUCGCGGGCGCCCCCUACGGUGGAGCUAUUGCACUACACCGUGAUGAAACUAAGCCGCUACGGUUGCGGGAUGGACAGGGUUCCCGAUCAACAGUUGACAUCUAUUCUUGCGCUGGACAACGCAUCAAUCGGAUCAACUGGGAGCAGGCCACAAUCAGGGGAUUGGGAUGGUCCGACAAGGAGGAGCUGUUGAUUGUCUCCGAAGACGGCACCGUACGACGUUACCUCGGCUUAGAUGGCGAGUUCACGUCUUUUUCCCUUGGCAAUGGAGCUGAAGAAUAUGGCGUGAGAUCCUGCCAGUUCUGGUCAUCAGGUCUCGUGGCAUUGCUUUCCAAUAACCAACUAAUCGUUGUGUCUAAAUAUGACGAGCCACGCCCGCGACUCUUGGCGCCCUGUCCAGAAGGCGAGGUCUCCUCGUGGGCAUUGAUUCCGCCAGCUCAUACACUGUCACGCUCCGUCGAAGUCCUAUUGGCUGUUGAUAAAACGGUCUUUCUGAUUGAUUCAACAGAAGCGGAAGACAAAAUUCUACAAAAUGGACCCUUCAAGCAUAUUAGCGUGUCGCCCGACGGACUAUCUGUUGCACUUUUCACCGCAGAAGGGAAAUUGUGGGUUGUGAGCAAUGAUUUCCAAAGCAAAACCAGUGAAUACGAUUCCAAAUCACGGGUGCCUCCAAGCACAGUGGCUUGGUGUGGUAAGGAAGCUGUUAUUCUUGCCUGGGAGGAUGAGAUACACCUCGUAGGAUUGAAUGGAGUUGCGUCAAAAUAUUAUUAUGACGGCCGCGUGCAUGUGGUACCUGAGUUUGAUGGCGUUCGCCUCGUCACCAAUGACACAUGUGAAUUCUUACACAAGGUCGCAGCUGUUACUGAAGAAAUAUUCCGUCUUGGAUCAUCUUCGCCCGCGUCCGUUCUCCUGGACUCGGUGGAUCAGUUAGAGAAGAAAUCGCCCAGGGCCGAUGAGAACAUUCAACGCAUUCGAUCCAGUCUUCCCUCGGCAGUUGAUAGUUGCAUAAAAGCAGCGGGUCAUGAAUACGACGGUUACUGGCAAAAGCGGCUAUUGAAGGCUGCGUCGUUUGGCAAAUCUGUCCUUGAUCUUUACAACAGCGACGAGUUUGUUGAGAUGACCGAAAAGCUGCGCGUUCUCAAAACUUUGAGAGAUUACAGGAUUGGUUUGCCCUUGACCUACGAGCAAUACCUACGUCUCACACCAGAUGGGCUAGUUGAACGUCUGAUAAACCGACAUGAGUAUUUGCUCGCAAUUCGGAUCUCGGAAUAUCUCCAGAUUCCCGCUGACAGAGUGUAUGUUCAUUGGGCAAGCCAGAAGGUCAAAGUGUCUACAGUUGACGACGAAGCCGUGUGCAAGCUCAUUGUGCAAAGACUCGAGGGAAAGCCAGGCAUUUCUUUUGAGGUCAUUGCUCAGGCAGCCUAUGACGAGGGCCGAUCUCAUCUGGCCACUCAAUUGCUAAAUCAUGAACCCCGGGGUGGCAAGCAAGUUCCACUGCUGCUGAACAUGGAAGAAGAUGAACUGGCUCUUGAUAAGGCCAUCGAAAGCGGAGAUGAUGAUCUCGUCAACUACGUGUUACUGCAUCUCAAGAGCAAACUUCCUCUUGCAAGUUUCUUCCGACUGAUCAACACUCGCCCCAUGGCUUCUGCGCUUGUUGAGACAGCCGCACGAGGCGAUGAUACAGACCUUCUCAAGGAUCUCUUCUACCAAGAUGAUCGGCCCAUUGAUGGUGCCAAUGUGCUACUGACCGAGGCCUUGCGCGAAUCUGAUCGGGCACGCCAAGCCGAAAAGCUACAAUUAGCAUCUCGCCUCUUGUCAGACUCCAAGGAACCCACGGUGCUAUUGAACCAGAAACUAGUUACCGAGGCCUCCCAGCUUCUGAAAACUCAGGAGGCACUAGACAAAGACUUGGCAGACAACAGCGAGUACCUAGGCCUCAGCUUGAAUGAGACGGUCUACGGCCUCGUUCGAGCGGGAUACAGCAAAAGAGCACAGAAGAUCCAGAGUGAAUUCAAAAUGCCGGAGAAAACAUUCUGGUGGUUGAGAUUGAGAGCCCUGGUGGCUAAACGUGAUUGGGGGGAGCUAGAAGAAAUCGCUAGGGUCAAGAAAUCCCCAAUCGGAUGGGAGCCUUUUUACAACGAGAUUUUGGGUGCUGGAAACACAAAACUUGCUUCAGGAUUCGUGCCAAAGUGCACCCACCUGCCUCCUGCCGAGAGAAUUGAAAUGUGGGUAAAGUGUGGAAUGAUUGUGAAGGCGGGAGAAGAGGCGCAAAAGACGAAGGACCUCAACACCCUGGAACUUCUCCGGACCAAGGCCUCUGGUCCCGCAGCCACCGAGAUCGAGCGUAUGAUCAACCAGCUUAAGCCGAGGAAAUGA